AUCACAGCUGAAGGACGUGCAUUAUAAAACAAGCACUAAAACAAGAAACUGAGCUUUAUUUAAAGGCUCAUCAAAAAGCGCGAGUGUUUUUGUCAAAUGGGUUGUUCAUCGUCCAGCACACAGACCGUCGCGCCGGAGAACCGACCGGGCGUCAAACCGGAGCAGGCGACGAACGGAGAAACUCUGCUCACCCAUAAUGGGAUUACAUCUGAGGACAAUGAGACCAUCGCAGACCAGGUGCAGCUACCUGUCCAAAGCACCCUGCUGGAUGAGUUGGGCCCUGGACCAGGUGUUCUGAAGAGUGUGGAGGUGGAGCAGGUGCAGGCUGAGGCCUUCAAACCAGAGCAGCCAGGAAGUCCUCCAGAGGAGAUAAAUCUUGCAGCUCCAGACGAAACCGUCAGUGGUGGUGAUGCACCUCUAGAGGAGACGGUUGAUGCUCCUGCCAUGAAGAUCGUGUCAGUAGAACACGUUGAGUCUGCUGUGACAGAAUCUACCCUAUUUCUGGAACCAGCAUCAGAUCCUACACCAGUGGAGUCAACUCCUCCUCCAGAACCCGAACCGACGGAACUAACCCCAGCGCUAGAAUCCACUCCAGAGGACCCAAUGCCAAGCUCAGAGCCCAAAUUUGAGGAAGCAACCACACCUCCUGAAGCUACAGCAGUGAAACCAACUGAAACAGCAGAAGUCAGUCCAGGGGAACCAACCUCAGUUCCAGAACCCACCCCCAUGGAAUCUGUCUCAAAUCUAGAACCCACUCCAAUGGAACCAACCUCAGCUGCAGAACUCAGUCCAGGGGAACCCAAGCCGAAUGCAGAACCCACUCCUGUGGAACCAGUCUUAAAUGUAGAACCCACUCCAGUGGAACCAACCACAGCUGUAGAACUCAGUCCAGGGGAACCAACCUCAGUUCCAGAACCCACCCCCAUGGAACCUGUCUCAAAUUUAGAACCCAUUCCAAUGGAACCAACCACAGCUGUAGAACUUAGUCCAGGGGAACUCAAGCCAAAUGCAGAACCCUCUCCAGUGGAACCUGUCUUAAAUCUAGAACCCACUCAAGUGGAACCAACCACAGCUGUAGAAAUCAGUCCAGGGGAACCCAAGCCGAAUGCAGAACCUACUCCAAUGGAACCAACAUCAGCUCCAGACACUAGUACAGUAGAACCAAGUCCAGUUCCAGAACCCACUCCAUUGGAACCAAUCCUGAAUGUAGAAUCAACUCCAGCUCCAGAACCCACUCCAAUGCAAGCAACACUGGCUGCGGACCCAACCGCUGAUCUAGAACCCACAGCAGAAGAACCGAGUCCAACCCCUGCAGCAGGUGUCAGAGUGUCUGAGGAUUCAUCUGCACUUGUGGAGACAGCAGCAGUCACACAGUCUGCAGAAGAGAGUGUGAUAUGUGCAGACACACCCACACCUGCAGACAUUCCUGCACAGCCGGCUGCAACACAGGGGCCUGCGGUUGAAGCUUCACAGCCAGGGGUCAGAGGUCAAACACUUAGCAGCUUGUGAAGAUUGAGCCGCUCUGCUGCUGAAAUUCUCCGAACCCAAAGAUUGACGUGACGCGCUCAUGAACACGCUCAGCUAAACUCGCCAACAGCCCGACAUAUGGAAAUAUAGGGAAUGGAUCGUUUUUAUACCAUAGUGCCUUUUAAUUGGAGUAGAUUUCGAGGGUUAGGGGUUCACACAAGUUUGUACAUAAAUGAGUGUUUUGUAGGUAACACUAUCAUCAUUAACAGAAGUGCCUUUGAGAACACUGCGGCCUCAUGGGUAACCAGCGCAGUGCGAGGAAGAUAUUUGUGAAUCACAAUUACAGAGUCAACAUGACCUCACGUGUUGAACAUAAAAGCAACAUUUGUGAACAGAAGCCAGAAACUCAACUAACAGUAAAAGAGCAAAACGUGUCAAUUUUAACAGGAUUUCUCUUCUGUUUAGUGUUUCUGAUCGUCAAAUACACUUUAAGUUUCAGACUCUUGACACAUGUAUCUAUGCAGCUGAAUGACAAACAGCGGUGUGUUGUAUGUACUACAGUAUAUUAAUCAACAUUGUAGGACGAUUUUAAUCCUUUUGCUCUACUUUCAUUGAGUUGUUUUUGUUUGGAUUGUUACAGAUUAUCUCUCAAGCACUAAUUAAACUCAUCUGAACAGCUUUAAACAGCUUUUUCUUCUAGAACAUCCUAGUUAAACAGAAUAAACGUGUUUGACACAGAGAUCAGUGUGUCAAAGUUUAGCAUAACUCUCUUAAAGCUGAAGUCAUGUCUGUGACACCAAACGGAAUUGCAAACAGUUUUCUGGAUACGCCCCCCGUCUGCCAUUGGUCAAACAAUGAGAUAGUCCCGCCUCCAACUCACGGCAUUGGUUGAGGAAUGCUGUCGGGGCGGGUCUAAGCAGGUCACUCAAAACAGUCAUCUUUAUAGUGCCACAGAAACACAGUGCUUAUAGUUUAAGAAUAUUAAUCUGUGAUUGGAUUACUAUUAGCUGUCUCUGCAUAUUUAGCUGAGAGUAUUUUAACACUGAAAAAGUUUCUUAUGUGUAUCAUUAAUAGUUUUCUCAUGAGUGUUCAAUAAACUGUUUAACAUUUCUGCACAUUAUCUGUAUGUUUCUUACAUUUACAUGUGAACAAUAAA